AUGGGCUCGCGCACGCCGCACGUGCUGGUGGACACCACGCCCGCCAAGACCAUCGUGGUGUACCGCAACGGGGACCAGUUCUACGUGGGCCGCAAGUUCGUGCUGUCGCGGCGCCGCGUGGCCACCUUCGAGGCGCUGCUGGAGCAGCUGACGGAGCAGGUGCAGGCCCCGUUCGGCGUGCGGCGCCUCUUCACGCCGACGCGCGGGCACCCGGUGCGCGAGCUGGACGCGCUGCAGGCCGGCGGCAAGUACGUGGCCGCGGGCCGCGAGCGCUUCAAGAAGCUCGAUUAUAUUCACAUAGUUCCCAGAAAACCUGCGAAGAUGAGAAAGUUGAAGGACGUCAAGCCCGUGGUACAUUGUGACAUCAGUGUGCCUUCCAGGUGGCAAACGUCCCGUCGGCUAUCCCGACCAAUAAAUGUUUUCACAAAUGGGAGAUUAUUUUUCCCACCUGUCAAGAUUAUUAUUCCCAGAUUCUGCCUGACGGACUGGAAUUGCGUGCUGGCCGUGAUUGGAGAGAAGGUCUUUCCUCUGGGAGGCGUCCGAAAGUUGUUCACGAUGAACGGGCAUCUGCUGGAAGACUCCAAGGAGCUGCAAGACAACCAUUUCUACGUGGCCGUGGGGCUGGAGACCUUCAAGCGCUGUCCUUACUGGAAGUCCCCGAGGGUGCCCAGCGCAGUGCGACAAAAGUACUCAGAUAUGGAGAAAUAUUCACGAAGAAAGAAAAAAGAGGAGCCCAAGGAGAAAGAAACUCAAACACCGGACAGCUUUCCACCCCAAACCCAGGAUUCUGUUUUUUAUGCCAAAGAGGGACAGAAGCCAAACGGAGAACCUUUCACGCCGAGCAGGGCAGAUGGCGGCGUGUACAAAGCCCAGACUCUUGACGAGGACACCUCAGGAGCGCUGGAAAUCAAGGAGGCCCCGGACGUGCCCGUGGACGUACCUGUGGACCAGAAACCGGCGGAGAUGGUGAAAGAAGUUGAAGAGACACACAGGAACAGCCCUGAUUUUGAAAGCAACAAGGAAGACAACUCACCAAUGUCUUUUAAGAAAGAGUUUCUCUUAAGACACAACACAGAGAAAGAAGUAGAAGGAUGCUCCUCACGUGACGUUCACCCCAGAGAGAGAUCUUUAUGGGCGGGUCUAAGCCGUCUUCCCUUCCGGCGCCUCCUGGGCCCUUUCCCUGCCGUCGAAGGACCCGAGGACUUGAGCUGCUGGCUCUCACAGAUGCAAGGCACACGGAACCAUCUGCUGUCAGGAUUGUUUAAGAACACACAGAGAUUGCACCGUCGCUGCACAGCUUCUCUCAAGAACCUUAGCAAGAAUCAGAAAGCGGUUUCAGUUCCUGGUCCCUCGAUGCUGAGUCCACGCCUCUCCUCUGCCCUGACUGCUACGCUGCGGAUCAAACAGCCAUGACUCUUGGGGUCCAGGACAGUGAAAUACCAGCACCACGUCGUGACCCGUGGUCGUCUCGCAGUUUCCUCCUUCGACUUAGCCUUUUCCUGGGAAGAGUCAGGUGUCUGACCUGUUCCUCGUUCCCCGUCCUCCCUCCCUGCAUU